CUGUCUUUGGAUAUUUUGUACCUUUCUCAUCUCCUCUGUUUAUUUGUAACAUAGAAUGGAAUUGGAUCGCGCUGCCAAUAUAUGCCAUGCUACCCAUGUGCAGGCCACAUAUGCAAUCCUGCAGUUAUCCUAUCUGUAAUAGACUCAUGUUCAUUCCAGUAACCCUGAGAGAAUGAGUUGUGCCGACUCAUCAUAAGUUUGUUAAGCUGCUCGAGACGCUACUUUUCUCAACCACUACUGCGAGGCAGAGUUUCAAGGAUCAACCGAGCCCCAAUAAAUGUCUUUUUGUCAAAGUGAUCGGUCGAUUUUACAAAUCUGUCAGGUCUUUUUGUCUAUCGUGAAAAGCUAAAAAUGUAUUUAGUCAUCAUCCGGUGAAAAGGUAGACUGUCCUUCGCAUGGCACUAGUCUUUUACUACACCAACUCUACGUGGCUAUUGUCGUCGGCUCCUGCAGCCGCUUUAUUAUACCUGCAUUUGGACCAUGUGGAAACUGAAUUUCACUGCUUGUUUUCUGUAUGAUAUGCCCAAAGUGUUUCCGUAAUUGUGCAACGGUAACGUGUUGGCCCACUAAACCUAGAAACACAGCGGAAUGGGCUAAAUUCAACAGCAGGGGUAGGUAAACACACUUCAUUCCGUCUUUGGGGUUAACCAUUUAAAGCAAUGCCUAACACCAAUAGUCAGACUGGAUAUGGAAGCUCAAAACAUUUACUGAUGCGGAAAGUUCUCAUAUACAGAGGAAGCGUUCAUUCCAUCCAACAGUGCACAGCUGGCGCCACCGUCGCCCGUGGAGCGAUCGAGCGAACCAGUUCGUAUAGUUAUCCACUUAGCGCUCAUUGAAUGACACAUCGUUCUUUACACAGCUCAAAAGCAAAAGAUCAGGUAGGGUAGAACGCAGAAACAUCAGCAUCAACCCAGCGGCAGGCGUAGAAUGCCAACGGGAGAGAGACGGACUGAACAGAGAGAGAGAGAGGUUCGCCGUUGCCGUCAUCACCAUUCUCUCCCGCAGCACUAGCAGUACCAGUUCGUAGCAGACAACGCCAGCCCAAGGAGAAAAGAGGCGCACUGUGGCCUAGCCGUCGACGCCCGUUUAUGACGGCUAUCUUCUGUUCCAAGCGUCUGGUUUGCUUAAAGCAGCUUUCUGCAUAGCCGCCGUCACCACCACCACCACCGCCACCGCCACCAUUGCCACUGUGUUAGUCAUUAUUCGUCUGCGGCCGUGUUCGUCUGCUAAAACUUGGUGCUGGCUGACAACUGCCGACGCCGCAGCAGCGGUUGCCGCUGCUUCUGCAGUUAUUCUAGGAACGACUCGAGCGCCUUCGUGUCCAGCCGUAUCAGCAGAGAACAGCGGAAAAAGCAGCAGGCAAAAAGUUAAUCGUCGUCGUCGUCGUCGUCGUCGUCGUCGUCGUCGCCGCCGCCGCCGCCGCCGCCUGUGCUGCUGCUGUGUUGAUUGUGACUGAGGGUCUGAGCGAUGGUGGGAUUAAUCGAGCAUGGGAGCGACAGUCAAGUCGACUACUGGCGACUGGUGCCAGCGGGUGAGUGAAUCGGGUCGUGUUCUCGUUAUUCGGCGGCGGCAAGACUAAGCUGCUAUCGUUACCAUCGCUUCGGUUGUAGAUUCGCGGCCGAUGUGUUGCCGUCUGUAGCAAUUUCGCGACUGUUAGUCGGAUCACCGACGGGCGCCUGACUCGUUUUGUCGGGUACCGUCAUCGUUUUCUGGUAGCAGGUUGUCGUCGUCGUCUUCGGCUGUUUCUCUGCCACCGUUGCUGGCGCUCGUGAAAUGAACUGGAUUGCAAUAGUCAUCGCCAGUGACGGCUACGGUGGUCGAUGGUUGCUUUAAUCGUCCUCGGUAGUGUCGCUGCUGCCGCCGCGGCGCUGAGGCUGGUCGUUCAAACACGGUGCUAGCCUGGCCAAAAGCAGCUGCAGUAACGAGUAGGACAUAGCGAAUAUUCGAUGGUACGAAAGCUGCCACUGAGGCCAACUAACUAUUACGACUACAAAAGUCUUUGCUACGCAUCAUCGUCCGUGUUGAUGGUUCGACUCUCUACGUAUGUGUGCGUGUUAAACAAGUGAAAUAGAAUACGUACAGCUGCGGGCCGCUAUCGUGCAGUAUCGAGUGUUGCUGCGAGUUGGACGAUGUUGUCGUUGCGACUGACCGUAUCCUCAGGGAUCUCAUCUGGUCAGUAGGUGCUUUGUGUGUCGUUUGCUGGGAUUGUUCCAGUAAACGGUAGUUUGGUUAACGUAAACAAAGUGGAGAUACCAUUGUAGAGCUGUGAGUGACGAAACAAAAAAGAGAAAAAGUGGGUGAAAAGUGUGUUUACUGCUGACUGCGCGCGACAAUAUCACAGCCGAUCCCAUCAAAGCACCGCUGGAGGCUCAUCGAUUAAUUGCAAUUAAUGUUCAAAUACGUUAUAGUAGGUUGGUUAACAGAACGUAUUUUCUACGCCGUUUUGAGAGCAAACAGGUUCUGCAAUCAGCAACCGGUUAUCGGCUUAAUUAAUCGGUCCGCUUCCAGGUUGACGCACUCGCUUAGCACCUACGCCGUGCGGAAGAGGCGUGUGCCUGUUCGGCGCCGGCUUGUGCCCUAGGUUUUGCCAACCCAUCCCUACGUACAAGCCCCUGAAUCGAGAACAGAUUUCGGAUCGUACACUGUCCCUCAACUGGCAGUGAAUGUGCGAGUAAAUUCGUUUUCUUUUAUAUUAUUUCAGACCUGACUUCAGGUCUAAGCGAACUGGUUUUUCCCGCAACACCAUCCGAUUCGCGUUAUCGAAAAGAUUCUUUCGCUCCUCAAAAGUUUUUCUUCUAGUCUAUCAGCGCUUGCGUAGGAGGAAGUCUUUCCCAUUAUUGGUCCUUUAGUGCUGGCUCGACCUUCCGCUGGAAACUAGUCACUUCAUUCCUUCAAGCAGUCGUCGUUGCCCUAAACUAAGCACAAUACGUAACUCUAUAUGAGCAGUGUCUCUGCCCUUUGACGCAUACGAAACAAAAAGCCCAAACCAGUCGCGUGGUUGCCGCAGCCAAAAAUCCGUUAGCAGCUACACUAUAUAACACCAGAGGAGAUCUAUAAAAGGGUCAUCCACUGUAAAGUGUCUGCACGCAUACAAGAAGGGCACAGUAAAAUCUACGGUACCGCGUUUCGAUCGCCAUAGCGCAUUUGUACAGAGGGAAAGCUAGAACUUGCUUGUUCGCGCGUCAGCCAAGCAUAAAGGCAUAUCCUGUUGAUAAUACAAUUUGCCGGCAUUUAGUGGCUUACUGAUAAAACUUCCAAUUCGAGAUCUUUGCUUUAACGACAUGCGACUCUUGCAAGAUCGAUGUCAGUACGAAAUUUAAAUGGAAUUAUUACAUUUGUUGGGUUUUCGGCAAAAUUUUAAUUAAAUUAAAAAUAAUUAAAAAUAGGCCGCCUGUUUUUCCUAUCCGCUGAACCUGUACCCCUAUCUAGAGCGCCUCUGAUGUCUGCUUCACAGAAGGAUUGAACAACAAAACUAUUCCUCACUAGCGGCAGUUUACCUCCAGACCGUGGGACCCAGUCUUUCUUUGUCGUUUGUGAAAUCGAUAUAGUGUGGUCUUCCCUGGGAGAUUUUACGCGUACGCGUACAUCUAUGUGUGACUUGCCAUUUGGAUUACAUAACAUUUAUGGACAAUAGUUAAGCAAUUAUUCGAAGUGUCAACCCCACCAAGAAGCGCCGGUGUCUAUUGAGUGCCUGCGGCUAAAGAUCAAGCCAGUGAAUUAAGGAAGCAGGAACUUGCUGUUGGCUCAACAGAGUUGAGCGACAGAGUCGAAGUAGAAUACGCAAAAAAAGGAUAAGAAAGAAAUCAGAAGAUCACGAGGUCGUCCAAGCGAGAAAAUCGAAUAACAGGCAAGGGACCGGCCGCGCGCAUCAGAGAAGUGCGAAUUUGUAGCCAUCUUUUCGCCGUUCCCGAAAGUUGAAGAAGGGAAAGGUCGCUUUGUGUUCGUCGAUUGUGCGUUAUUCGUUGUUGUUGUUGAUCGUGGUGGUUCUUGCUGAAGUCGGAAAUACGGUGGACAUCGUUUCAGCUCGUGAAUAACUGAAUUAUCAAAAUGUGUGCCACUUUCGACCCACAUGAUCGGAACAGUGGCCUCUGACGCAAUCUCAACGAGCACAUUAUCUAAGUUGGUUCUUCGGGCCAAUGUCUCGACAGGAAGCAAUCGAACUUCUACAACGCGAAUCAGAGCCAGGAGUAUUUCUCGUGCGAAACUCGAACACCAUUCAAGGAGACCUCGUCCUAUGCGUUCGCGAGGAGACCCGAGUAUCACACUACAUCAUCCACAAAGUUUCGCAAGGAGUUCAGACCCGUUUCAAAAUUGGCGAGCAGAUGUUCCCUGAUAUGCCGGCCCUGCUACACUUUUACCGUAGCCAUUACCUCGACACAGCGCCCCUGAUACGGCCAGCAGCGAAACCUAGAGAAGCUGCAGAGAGGGUCCGCGCACGAUUCGACUUCAAUGGCAGCGGUGAUACGGACGAUCUUCCGUUCCGAAAGGGUGAAGUAUUGACGGUCAUUUCAAAGGACGAAGACCAGUGGUGGACAGCAAGAAACUCUCUUGGACAGACGGGCCAGAUACCCGUUAAUUACAUCGAGAAGCUGGAGGACGGUGCCCUGAUCGCCGGAGGCUUAGGAGGCAAUCCGAUGGGCGCCUCAGGGGGCGUAGUCAACGGAAACAUCACGGGACAUCUUCCUCCACCGUUGACUACCCCACCAGCGCCGCCGCAACCGCCAUCGAACAACGGAGCUUCGAUAGGAACUGGACCAGGUCCAAACGGCUCUUCUAGUAACAUCCGUUAUACGACGCCGCAGGUCAGUGGCACUAACGUGCCGGCAAAUAACGGUCAAGCGCAAAACGCAGCAGGACUCCCAGGAAUAAAUGGAGCGAGUGGCUGCAGCGCAAACGUAGCCAGCGGGGGUACUCUAAAUGGCCAGCGCAACAGCCAAGAACGGAAACUUCCCGCAAAGGCGCGCGUCAAACAGGCCCGCGUCCCAAACGCCUACGAUAAGACGGCACUUCGUCUCGACAUCGGCGACAUUAUUUUGGUGACAGCGAUGCACAAAAAUGGUCAAUGGGAAGGUGAGCUUCGUGGCAAGACCGGACAUUUUCCCUUCACGCACGUUGAAUUCCUUGAAACUGGCGAAGAGGAAGAUGCAUCCUGAACAGGAUCUGCUAGAACGGCGAUGUCAACGGUCAACCGAGUCCAUACGGACCCCUAUGCAACACCGUCUUGCCGGCAACUUUGACGUCCUUGUUAAUUAUGACGAUAUCCACUAAGGAGCCACAGAGCUAAAACGACUCAUCCGAGAACUGUCCACACAGAUUUGUUGCAUCCUCUUACAAUAGAACUAAUACGAACAGCACAAGUCGAACACUAUGAGGACAUAGCCACCAGUUACACCUGAUGAGAACAUGGGGGUGACAUACAUUACAUCUAAUCGGCAUGGUUAUUAUGAUACAAGAUGGAUCUAAGGCCAAUCUGGGUUCGGUUAAAAGCAACAGGGAAGCCUCAGUAAUGAUAAAAGUGCUGCAGUGCAGAGUGACUCAUGUCAAUUACGUAUUUAUCGGUUUGAUAGGUCGCAGUAAUCAAUUGCGACCAAACGACAAUUAGGCUAGAUCUUUGAGAUGCUAAACAGAAAAACAAAGGUGAGACAGGACUUUGGCAGCCUUCAAUGACGUUGAAAUAAGGAUGCACCAUCGAAUAUUGUUGUAAAAGGGGAGGCGGAUUGAAUGUAAGAACCGCUGAUUGAGGUAGAUUUGUCGUCGCUCGUGAGCUAACAUGAGGUCGUGCCGGAAAGGCAUAUGGGCCAGUUGGGAAGAACCACAUUUUUCAAUAUCGGGGGAUCCGUUGCCACUUAACCAAUUGUGUAUAGUUAAUUGUGAAUAUGCAAGUUUAUAUGCGGCGCCGCUGGUAAUAGAUUAAUUAUUAUAUACAGCUAUAUACAUAUAUCUAUUGAGUGCUAGCAAUAAAAAUAAAACUAAAUAUAAUAUGAAUGAUGGUAAUAAUGGCGACUGAUGCCAAGAAGAUGCGAACAGUCGUGAUAAUACGGGACGUGACUAGCUGACCGUGAACACGAGCUGCUUGGAACAUCUAUAUCGCAAAGAGGCGAUACGUAGGCCCUUAAAGACGGUUAGAAGACAAACAGGCUAUUUUAAACGCACGAAUCCAAACAAAUCGAGUCAACUAAUAAUAAGUCAGUGAAAAUGAAAUUAGGAUGUAGAAUAAGUAGUUAGACUAUGAAACAGCAACAUAUACGCCAACACCAAUAGCGAUACUAACGACUAGCUUUGCGAAGACACAAAAAACAUGGAAAAAUGAUCUGUUUAUAUGAAAUGGCGUACGCGUGUAAUGAGACAGCAAAAAAAAAAAAAGACAAAGCCAACGCCGUAAGAAAUACCCAAGAACAGCGUCUGACGUGAAACGACACGCAGAGAGGAGGCGGGGGGGAGGGGGUCUAGAAAUUAGGAAUAUAUAUAAACGUACGUGUAGAUGUCAAAAGCACUCACAGUGUGUCGUCCACAAGGAUGGCUGUGUAUGAAUCACUAAUUAAAACAACUGGUGAUGUAGGAAGAUAAAAGAGGAACGUUGGAAGUUCGCGCGUGGAAGACAUACGUGCAGGCACGAAACACGAAUCGCUUCGCCAUAUAGAGUAGACGGUAGGAACGAAACACACAGAGUGCUAUAAAUAGCUAGAUAGAGCGAUAUUUAGAUAUGGACACGAGAAAGGAGCAAAAAAAAUGAAUAAAUAAUGCGGACAAUUGAACGAUAAAAAGAGAGUACGAUACAAUAAACCAGUAGAAGGAAAAAUCGAACGGUUCAAUUGAUCAAUUCAGCGCAGUGUAGUCUUUAUCUAAGGGUAGUAGACGCUGCUUGGGCGAGGCGCCAACCAAGGGAAACGAAGCGAGAGUAAUAAAAUUCUAAAUUUCUAAUAAUAAAUAUUGAUUAUGAAAUAAUAGUACGUUUACGUCCAAUAGUGGUGAUAAUCAAUAGGGCUGAGAUGAUUCUUUUGAUUAUGCGCAAUUUCUAUUCAGAUAGGGAGAAGCCAUCCUGCAAGGCUCCUGCAACUGGUUGGAAGGCAAGUGUGGCUGAAAGUGAUGCUAAAGGAGAUAGGCCAGCAAACUGAAGACAGGAUGAUGGAAGAAUUUCGUGGAAAUGGUAAAGCAAAUGAUGAUGAACGCUGGAACAGAAUAGAUUUUGUUAAAGGAACCCCGUCCUGUACAUACAGAACUUGUCGCAGUAAUGAAUACCAGCGAUAACCUAUGCGUUAACAGCUAUCGAAGAAGGGCAAUUGCAAUGAUUGGCAAAUCUAAAUAUAUUUAACUAAGAACGUACAAGCUUUCUGCGUCAAAACGUGCUUUUGAUAACUGGUUGAAGGCUGCUUUGAUGGACGUCCUGUAUAUGAGCUCUGGGCUCUAUGUGCACAUAUGUCUUCCAAACGCGUCCGAUAAACGACGACACAGAUCCUGGAAGCAUCUAACAGACAUAUACACAUACGCCCGUGGGCGCGACAGGCUUUGAGAAGAAGGCGGAUUUUGACAAAUAUCGACCAAAUUUUUUGCAGGCUACUCACGUACGCUAUAACGCUAAAUGGGAAGGUGGUUAAUAAUGCUACGAUUAAUACCGAAACCCAGAUAGAACCGGCAUUGUAGAAAGCAGAAAACCAAAAACCUUUUAGCUAUUGCUCCUCAACCAACACUAUCAUUUCAGACUGUCCUUGGUGUCGUUUCAAGCGAAGGGAAUUAUCAUAAUAAUGAUAACAACCAAGCGACGCGAUUCAGUGAAUGAAAAAAAAAACUAUAUAUAAUAAAUGCACCCAAGAAGACAGAACCGUCUAGAUAAAUAGAAAUUUACUUUAAUG